AAGAGUGUCUUGUGAAUGAUUGACAGGUAAACGACAAAGGACGUGAUUGAGAGACAUGUCAGUGCCAUUCCGGAAAGAGUUGGAGAAAUACAAAAAUAUCAAUGAAGAUGAAAUUCUGAACAAACUCUCUGAGGAUGAACUAAAACAGCUAGAGAAUGUCCUUGACGACUUAGAUCCAGAGAAUGCCCUUCUACCAGCAGGCUUUCGACAGAAAGAUCAGACCAGUAAAGGUGCCACGGGACCUUUCGAUAGAGAACGACUAUUGUCCUACUUGGAGAAACAAGCCUUGGAGCACCAAGACAGACCAGAUAUUGUACCUUUUACUGGAGAAAAGAAAGGAAAAACAUUUGUGCCUAAGGAGAGACCAAUAGAGACUCGCGCAGAAAAGAAGGUGACGCUGGAUCCAGAAUUAGAAGAAGCCCUGGCCAGCGCCUCUGAUACUGAGCUGUAUGAUCUGGCAGCUGUCCUUGGAGUUCAUAACUUGGUCAACAACCCUAAGUUUAAUGAAGGAACCAUCGGUCAAGAUGGCAAAGGAAUUGUGAAAAAUGUGGUUAAAGGUGAAAAGGUCAAGCCUGUUUUUGAAGAGCCACCUAACUCAACAAAUGUCGAAGCCUGUUUGCAAAGAAUUAAGGCAAAUGAUCCCACUCUCCAAGAAGUCAAUCUGAACAACAUAAAGGUACUUCUAUCGAAGUCAAUCUCAAUUGUUUCAUCGUCACAGUCUUACUUGUAA